GGGAGAGCGUGUGGGUGGUUCUGUGACUUCUGUCCAACUUUCACACCCACUAGGCCACUAUCUUUAAUAUUUGAAGUUGUAUUAAAACGGAGCCAUGCUCCUGGAAAAAGGCAAAAUGAGAAUUCCUCUUUUGUCACCCUUCUAAGCCUCAUGGUUUUGAUCUUUUUCUUAUAUGUACAUUCCUUAGUCAUGAGCCGAACGUUAACCUCAUUUGUAAAGCUCUUCCUGACUGAGCUCGAAUCGGAACAUCCCUAUUACCUAAUCGAGCCCUAAUAAAGUCUAUACCGGCCUAUUUGUUUAUAUACCCACACACACCGGCCAAUCGGCCAUCCAAUUUUUACUGGAGUGAUCAGGGAAGCAUACCGCGUUCACCUCUAAUCAGAACAAUUUUGAAGUUAACAAAUACUACCGCAUUAGGUAAGAAAUUUGGACAGGAAGAUGUCUCUGGAUUUGGUUCUGAAGCCAUCAUGCAGUGGCUGCGGAUCGUCGUCGGAGCUGUACGGAAGCACUUGUAAGCACUUGACUCUCUGCGUGUCGUGUGGCAAAACCAUGGCUCAGAACCACGGGACCUGCAACAAGUGCGGCACUCCAAUCACACGCUUGAUUCGGGAAUACAAUGUUCGAGCAUGCUCUACCAGCGAAAAGAAUUACUUCAUUGGGAGAUUUGCUACAGGUUUGCCAAAUUUUUCAAAGAAAAAGAAUGAAAACAAGUGGUGUCUGCAGAAAGAAGGUUUGCAAGGACGCCAAGUAACUGAUGCUCUGCGGGAGAAGUUUAAGAAUAGGCCCUGGUUAUUGGAGGAUGAAUCAGGUCAGUCUCAGUUCCAUGGUCAUCCUGAGGGU